AUGCGGCGGCCACGGCGCCCGGCGAAGGCCGGAGGCGGCGGCGGCGGCCGAGAGGCGCCAGUGGAGGCGGGGGUGAGGGUGGGGGUGAAGGGCGCGGCGAGGGUUCCGGUGAUCGCCGUCAACGGGGAGGGCGAGGCGCCGCUGCUAGGGUUUCCGGUGGCCGCAGCGGCCGGAGGCGGGGAGAAAAGGCCACUGCUGGACGCGACUGCGGUGGGAAAGAAGGAAGCCCUCGAUUGGGUUCCGCUGAUCUUCAUCGACGGGGUGGUGGAAGGGGUGCAGCCGGUCGCCGUGAAGGGGACUGGCAACGCGGAGAAGGGCGAGGACGGGGUCAAGUGGCUCAAGCACUAUUCCUCCGCGCAGAGCAUACUCAUCGUCGGAGACGGGGACUUCUCCUUCUCGCUGGCGCUCGCCACCGCCUUCGGCUCCGGAGAGAACCUCGUCGCCACGUCCCUGGACUCUUAUGGGGUUCUAACGAGCAAGUAUGGCAAAGCUGAAGCUAAUGUAGCAGAACUGAAAAGAUUGGGGGGCACAGUUUUGCAUGGCGUUGAUGCAAAAAGGAUGAAGCUUCACUCAUGUCUGAACAUGAGACAUUUUGAUCGCAUUGUCUUUAAUUUUCCCCAUGCUGGGUUCAAAGGAAAAGAGGAUCAGCUGCAUGUCAUCAACGCGCACAAGCAGCUGGUGCAUGGGUUCUUUGCAAAUGCGCGGUACCUGCUUCGGCCCUAUGGUGAAACCCACGUUACCCACAAGACAGGACGUCCUUAUGACUCAUGGGAUAUCGAGCAACUGGCCUAUGACUCUGGUCUUACUAGGGUUCAGACAGUUCCUUUUUCUAAGGAAGACUACCCUGGUUAUAACCAAAAGAGAGGAGAUAGUGCAAAGUGCGAUCAACCUUUUGCCCUAGGUCCAUGCUGCACUUUCAUGUUCUGCCUCCGAGAUGUAAAGAAGCUGAAGAAAGCGCAUGGAAGCAGGGUUGGCUCAAUCUCAUUCCUUGGCAACAACAAAUUCUAUCCAGGCGUAUCGGCAACUGGCAUGAGCCAAUUUAAUCGGCGCCCACUUGCUCCAGCCUGGCCUCGGACACAUUUUCCUCCAGUCAACGCAGUUCACAUGCCAAUACCAUUUGUUCCUCACCCCUUUGGAGUUGCUCCAAUGGAACAUCCAGGUUUUACAGUCAACUUUUCUGGGGCAGAAAGAGCUCCUUACUUCCACCAGCAGCAGGACAUGGUACAGCCAAUGUGCAGAGGGCAACCACUGAAUGUUUUGCCCACUCAAUGCGGCUUUCAUCCACCAACGAGUAGAGUCCUUGCAAAUCGGGAGCAGCCUCCAGUUGUGCCACCAUGGGGAGGUGACUACUCUUACUCACCCGGAGGAUACCAGGGUCUGCAAAGAGAGUAUGAAAUUCACAGACAGCAUAUGCUGUCCCUUGAACAUCGCUACAUGGAAUCUGUGCAGAGGCGGGCUAGGCUGGAGAUGUUGAUUGCGCACUACGGCAGCCAGUGAAGGAUCGUUGCGAAGGCUGUGUCUCUGCUGCUGCUGUAAGGGUUCACUGAGCAGAGAAACUCUGACCUUCCAAGACG